CUCGUAUCUCGUGAGACCAACCCGCCGCUUCUCCUCAAAAUGGUCGCCCUUGGCUCUCUAUUCGUGUGUCUCUCCGACGCCACCCUCAUCACCCACCGCGGCCCGCGCGACGCCUGUGACGGGGUCCAACUGGUGCUCACGGCGCUCCGAGGGCAGCUCUUCGCGCUCCUAUCGAGCGACGAAAGCAUCCGGGCGACCGCCUUCGUCUGGCACGGGCUGGGCUUCUACUGGGCGCGCACGUGCGGGAUGUACACCGUCGGCGAGCUCAGCAUUCCAGGUCCUUCACAGGAACUUCAAGCCCACUGGCACCGGUGGAGGACCCUCGAGACCCAGAAACGGGCCAUCCUAGGCCACUACGUCCUCGACGGACUGAUAUCGCAGACCUCGGGCUCCCCGACCUCCGCGCGCCAUCUCAUCAGCUCCCUACCAACAGCCAGCUCAGACGCUGCCUUCCAAGCUACCACGGCAGACGAGUGGCUCAAGCACAUGCAACAACCACUAGCCUAUCUUCCCAGUGUCCUUUUCAGCGAAGUCUACGUCUCCAUCUUCUCGCCUACAUACCGAACCUACCCACUCAACCUCUCCAGCUUCUCAAUCUUCGUAGUCAUCGAAGGCCUAUAA